AGGCCCAAAUGGCAACCAUCCUCUCCUGCAGCUGCUAGUCAAAAUGAUCCGGUCCCGACAGCUUCUAGGCCCAUGUGGAACGUUCCAGAAGCGCACCACCGCAUAAAUAUUUCCCCACCCUGCGCCUCGCCAUCUCUCGCGACCCGAAAGCCCCCUCCAACCCUAGCCGCCUCCUGCAAGCUUCAGAGCUCAGGAAUCAGGCCGCCAUGGCGACGGAGACGGAGACCUUCGCCUUCCAGGCCGAGAUCAACCAGCUGCUCUCCCUCAUCAUCAAUACCUUCUACUCCAACAAGGAGAUCUUCCUCCGCGAGCUCAUCUCCAACUCUUCCGAUGCGUUGGACAAAAUCAGGUUCGAGAGCCUCACUGACAAGAGCAAGCUCGAUGCGCAGCCGGAGCUGUUCAUCCACAUUGUCCCCGACAAGGCCAGCAACACGCUCUCCAUCAUCGACAGCGGCAUCGGCAUGACCAAGUCCGACCUCGUCAACAACCUCGGGACCAUCGCCAGGUCCGGUACCAAGGAGUUCAUGGAGGCCCUUGCCGCCGGCGCGGACGUGUCCAUGAUUGGGCAGUUCGGUGUUGGUUUCUACUCCGCCUACCUCGUUGCUGAGAGGGUGGUUGUGACCACCAAGCACAACGACGACGAGCAGUACGUGUGGGAGUCCCAGGCCGGCGGAUCGUUCACUGUUACCCGUGACACGUCCGGGGAGCAGCUUGGCAGGGGUACUAAGAUCACGCUCUUCCUCAAGGACGACCAGUUGGAAUAUCUUGAGGAGCGCCGCCUCAAGGAUCUGGUCAAGAAGCACUCUGAGUUCAUCAGUUACCCCAUCUCCCUGUGGACUGAGAAGACAACUGAGAAGGAAAUUUCUGAUGAUGAGGAUGAGGAAGAGAAGAAGGAUACUGAGGAGGGCAAGGUCGAGGAUGUUGAUGAGGAGAAGGAAGAGAAGGAAAAGAAGAAGAAGAAGAUCAAGGAGGUUUCUCAUGAGUGGUCAUUGAUCAACAAGCAGAAGCCUAUCUGGAUGAGGAAGCCAGAAGAGAUCACAAAGGAGGAGUACGCUGCCUUCUACAAGAGCUUGACAAAUGACUGGGAGGAGCAUCUGGCUGUGAAGCACUUUUCCGUGGAGGGUCAGCUGGAGUUCAAGGCUGUCCUCUUUGUUCCUAAGAGGGCCCCCUUUGAUCUGUUUGACACCAGGAAGAAGCAGAACAACAUCAAGCUCUAUGUGCGCCGUGUGUUCAUCAUGGACAACUGUGAGGAGCUGAUCCCUGAGUGGCUGAGCUUUGUGAAGGGUAUUGUUGACUCUGAGGACCUUCCCCUCAACAUCUCACGAGAGACGCUCCAGCAGAACAAGAUCUUGAAGGUUAUCCGCAAGAACCUCGUGAAGAAGUGUGUUGAGCUCUUCUUUGAGAUUGCUGAGAACAAGGAGGACUACAACAAGUUCUACGAGGCCUUCUCCAAGAACCUGAAGCUUGGCAUCCACGAGGACUCCCAGAACAGGAACAAGAUUGCUGAGCUCCUGAGGUACCACUCCACCAAGAGUGGUGAUGAGCUGACCAGCCUGAAGGACUACGUCACCAGGAUGAAGGAGGGACAGAAUGACAUCUACUACAUCACUGGUGAGAGCAAGAAGGCUGUGGAGAACUCUCCCUUCCUGGAGAAGCUGAAGAAGAGGGGCUACGAGGUCCUUUACAUGGUUGAUACCAUCGAUGAGUAUGCUGUUGGUCAGCUGAAGGAGUUUGAGGGCAAGAAGCUUGUCUCUGCCACCAAGGAGGGCCUGAAGCUUGAUGAGACUGAGGAUGAGAAGAAGAGGAAGGAGGAGCUGAAGGAGAAGUUUGAGGGGCUCUGCAAGGUCAUCAAGGAGGUUCUGGGCGACAAGGUUGAGAAGGUGGUGGUCUCUGACCGUGUUGUGGACUCACCGUGCUGCCUUGUAACUGGCGAGUACGGCUGGACUGCCAACAUGGAGAGGAUCAUGAAGGCGCAGGCCUUGAGGGACUCGAGCAUGGCGGGCUACAUGUCGAGCAAGAAGACCAUGGAGAUCAACCCGGAGAAUGCCAUUAUGGACGAGCUCCGCAAGCGUGCUGAGGCCGACAAGAACGACAAGUCAGUGAAGGACCUGGUGAUGCUGCUCUUCGAGACUGCACUUCUCACCUCCGGCUUCAGCCUGGACGACCCCAACACCUUCGGCACCAGGAUCCACCGCAUGCUCAAGCUCGGCCUGAGCAUUGACGAGGACGAGUCUGCUGAAGCAGAUGCUGAGAUGCCUCCACUGGAGGAUGACGCUGGCGAGAGCAAGAUGGAGGAGGUCGACUAAGCGUCUGCGGUUUAUCCUUAGUUAUCUGUCGUAGCUUAAUCUGACUACUGUUCGAUGCUUUUGGCACGUUAUUGGUUUUGUGUAAGCUAGCUACGAGUGUGGUUAAGCUGGUACCUGUGGUACCUUGUCAAACAGUUUAUUGCUAUCACUUAAAUUCUAUAUGCUAGAUAUUUCUGUAUUC